ACAGAACAUUGAGUGAUGUCACUUCACACUGCAAAUGGUUCAAGAUGGCGCCGACGAGGCUGAUCUGUUCUUGCUGCCUCCGCUUUAAUUACAGUCCAGAGGAAAUAGAACAGAGACACAAGAGCCAAGAAAUCGACAAAAUGUUAGAAAAGGACAAGCACGCCAUCCGGAGGCAAGUAAAGCUGUUGCUGCUCGGCGCUGGAGAGAGUGGCAAGUCAACCUUCCUCAAGCAGAUGAGGAUCAUCCACGGUCAGCGAUUUGAACCCGAGAUUAUUAAGGACUUCCAAGUGACCGUUUACCAGAAUAUCGUGCGUGGCAUGAAGGUUUUAGUGGACGCCAGACAGAAGCUCAACAUUCCAUGGGAGAAUCCCAAAAAUUUGCCAUUUGGACAGCAUUUACUUAGGUACGAAAACUCACUCGCUUUGGACAGUCAAGUCUUCCAAGACUACGCCCCCGCGAUCAAAAGACUGUGGAUGGACAAAGCAAUAAAACAGGCUUUUGAUAGACGGCGAGAAUUUCAAUUGAGUGACUCGGUUAAAUAUUUCCUCGAGAAUAUGGAACGAAUCUCAAGACUGGAUUACCAACCUACGAACCAAGAUAUUCUCCACGCUCGCAAAGCUACCAAAGGAAUUUCAGAGUUUAUUAUCCCAAUCAACAACAUACCAUUCAGAUUUGUGGAUGUCGGAGGCCAGAGGUCUCAAAGACAAAAGUGGUUUCAGUGCUUUGACUCGGUGACUUCAAUUUUGUUUCUUGUCUCAACUUCUGAGUACGACCAGGUGCUUGUAGAGGACAGGAAAACCAACCGCCUAGAGGAGUCUCGUAACAUAUUUGACACCAUUGUGAAUAAUGUAGUGUUCAAAGGAGUGUCCAUCAUCCUGUUCCUAAACAAAACAGAUCUGUUGUUCAAUAAGCUCCGAGCAAAACAGUCAGAUAUCAGGCAAUACUGGCCAAACUUUGUUGGGGACCCCUGGUCCCUCAAUGAUGUUCAGGUCUGUUCGCAAGGGAUUUCAGAAGUUUUUGUGUUUAAGCUGUUUCGUGAUACAAAGAGAGAUCGAGUCCGUCCACUUUUCCAUCACUUCACAACAGCGGUGGACACGGAAAACAUCAAGGUUGUGUUCAAUGCCGUCAAAGACACCAUCCUCCAUAAGAACCUGCAGUCCCUCAUGUUAGAGUAGAAUAGAAUGGGUGUCCGCUGGCUUUGACCACUGCCGUAACACUUGAACGCCAAAGUCAUACAGAGCAGAGCACAGGGUGUAGACCUCUGUUAGUCCAAAAUGAGGCAUCUAUUUUUUGACAUGUCCGUUUGAUCGACAUUUUUAGCUGUACAUCAUACUUGGCAACUUGAAAUAUUACGAAUAUGAAUAAUUUAUUUUUGGUUUUGAUAGGAAAAUUUGUUCACAAUAUAAGAAAAUUAAAAAAGCAUUUGUAUUUUCAAUUAUAAUGCCGUACCAGAACUGCUCAUUUAUCCCAUUUUGGUUUUCAAAUCAAAUUUCCAGAAAAUCUGAUUCAUAUAUUGUGACUCUGACCAAAUACCGAUGCUUGCUGCCAAGUAUGUCUUAUAUUGUGUAGAAUGACAUAUCAAGUGUACUAUAGAACACAAACCGUCUUGGCACUGGUUGUUUUCCACAAUUUUUGACAACCACAAUUUUAACUUUGAUAAGCUGUGGUCUUUCAGCAUAAAGAAAUUGAUUUGUGAUUAUUUUUAAAAGACAUUGCAAAUGUCUAAGCUCAUCGAAAUUGACAGAGAAAAUUGUGCUUGAGAAGGUCUUUAGUGGAUAUGGGCAUGCUGUUUGGUAUCAAAUUCUAAUUUGAAAGAAAACUAGCAUCAACGUAAAAUUUAGACGUGUUAAUGAACUGGACUUAAAGAACCCAAAUUUAUCAACAUUUUCACACCAACAUCGAAUAACGUUAUUCAUCUCCAACAUCUUGAAUUGGUUUAACUUUUGUAAAAUCGUUUUUUCAAUCCGCAAACAAAAUUACCUGUUGACCGAGUGUGAACCGAGAGGCACUGAAAAAUAUAAAAAGUAAAAAUAUGCUCUGAACUAUUUUCGCAAAUUAAUAAUUUGAUGGAAUAGAAACCCACUAAAUUUGCGAAAAUCCGCAUGCUCAAAGACGCGUACCAAGAUGUAAAGCCCUACCUCUGCAAAUGAAAUCAAAUUAUCAAGGGCACAAAUGGCAAUCUAUUUUCUUAUUUUUAAUCGCACUGUAUAUUUCUUGAGUUUAUAUAGACUGCUGUGACUCUCCAGAAUAGAGCAUUUUUAUAAACCGCUACAAACAUUUAAGAGAAUAAUAUAACUAUUUUAUGAAGUGUAGAGAUUUUAUUCUGAAGUUAUAUUCACGUAACGAGUAUAUUUUAUUACUACGACACAUUUGUAAAGCCAUUGAUAUUGUAUCAUUAUACUUGUUGUGAUAAAAAGGCUAUACUUGCUGUUAGUCUCACACUUUGUCCACAUUAUAGGGUGAUUAUAGAUGAAAAGGAAAGUGGGAGCGUUUUUAAACUGUCCUGUGGAAUUAAUGCUUUACUUCCUGUUGAGUAAACUCCGAAUAUUAAGCGAAUUCCAUUUUCCACUUGUCUUGAUCAAUUCAAAUAAAUCAAUUUGGAUGUUCUUAUAUAGAAAUUCA